GGGGGAGGAAACCGGAGUACCCGGAGAAAACACACAGGGAGGAGGUGGGAAUCAAACCCUCAACCCUGGAGGUGUGAGGAAGCAGGUUAGCUCAAGGCUUGUUACACUUCGCCAAUAACUUUCACUUUCACGUAAAUGAAAGUCUGCUUCUUGAGUUUCGAGUGCGCUUUGUAAAGGGCGGGACUUAAACGUGAUACAGCUUGCUCCCUUCAUCUUCGCCAUUACAAGAUUACAUCAAACUACAGAAAACGCAGAAAUCUGUUGAUGAAGGUGGGAUUGUGAUGCGAUGUAACUGUGAGACGGAAUAACAAGUUUUCUCCCGUCGGACAGUUUCAGCUCCAAAUGGACCGGAAGAGGGGUCGGAGUUUAUGAAGAAAAUGUACGUCGCCAUUAAAAACAACCGCCGCAGUUUAUUACCUGCAGUGCCUUGAGGUGAAUCUUGGAGCACACUGACUGUGCAGAAGAGAUAAUGGAAGACCUUUACAGCACUCCAGUUGAAAAAUGGACAGAGUCCAUGGUAAGCAACUGGUUAACCUCAAUAGGAGUGAAAGAAAAUUACAUUAAAAAACUUAAUGAAGAGGAAGUAGAUGGCCAAAUACUCCUUGAACUCACAGAGGAAUUUCUGAAAAAAGAGACUGGAAUGAAAUCUGGCCCAGCACUUCUGAUAAUUAAGAAAAGAAAUGAGUUAGUUAAUACUUUACAAAAGGCUCAAAAGCAGAAGAAUAAUACACCUGAAAGGACUGCUGAAAACGAUGAUCAAGGAGCAACAUCCACCAAGACUAUCUCAAUAACAAGCACUCCACAAAAAGGAGAGAAAGAGGAUUCUUUGAUUGUUCCAACAACAAAAAGGGAUUCAAAGCCACGACCUUUUGGUAAAACAGGUAUUGACUAUACAUAUGUGAAGCACAAUGUUCUUCACCCUGAAACAGGUAUCAUUGAUCUUAUAACACCAUGUCAUGAGUACAAGGCAUUUACUACUGCUGCUACUUUAGACCGCCAAAGACUUCAAGCAAAGCUGGCAAAGGAAGUUUUAAAAUUUGCCAUGGGAUGCAUAAACAUUAGAUCAAAUGGCACAAUACACUUUGGUAUAAUGGACAGUCGGGAAAAUUCUGGCUAUGUGCAUGGUGAAAUCAUUGGCAUUCCCAUUAAGGAAAAGGACAUGUAUGUUGAUGCGCUGGACCACAUCGAAAGGAGUUUCUCAACCUCUGACAGUGAGCUUGUAAGGCAGUGUAUUCGACCACCUGAGUUCAUUCUGGUAGUUGACCCAAAUAGCACAGAUCGACACUAUGUAGUUGAAGUUGACAUUGUACCUUCCGUGAGCAUCGUGCGGAAUAGGGUUUUUUCUGUCCGCUUGCCCAACUUCAAAGAGAAGUCCAAUAAAGUUGAAUAUGAAAAAGGAACAAUUUAUCGCAGAGUUGGCUCCAAAACAGAACCAGUUGUUGAAACAAAUGAAUUUUACCAAGUAGUCCAUGUCAGAGAUGCUCAAAGAGAAGAAGCAGAGCAAGCACACUGUUUCACAAGCCCAGGCCUUUGCCAAGACCUUGGAAGAAAACUCAUCAUGCUUGUAACAAGUGGGAAGAAACUAAUGGAAAAGGAGAAAUGGUACAUACUUGUCACAAACAAGUUUCCAAAGGAAGAUCUAAACCACAUUGGUUUCUUACUAAACAUGAAAAUAUUCUGUGUUUUUGACUUUGACCCAGAUUCCAUGGUGUCUGGGUUAUGUCAUGAAUAUGUUAAGCACCACGCAGUGAACCUUCAUUUCAUGCAAAACUACAAAAUUCCAAGUGGCAUGAGCAUCAGAGAAUUUGAGAGCCACCUCCAUUUGUUUGAACAAAUAAGUUGGAUAUUUUGUAAUGGACGAAGUGAUUUCAAAGGUAAUGAGAUUCCUUGUGAUGAAAAUACUUGGUCUAAAACAAGGAGGACAUUCCUCAAGGAUUGUGUUUCAGUGAUCUGCAAGGAUAUCUUACCCAAAGGAACAUUUCUUGUGAUCUUCCUUCUCACCUCUCCUGUUGAGACACCUCUUCUGAACACAUUUUAUGAGUUUUUCACUGACAUGGAGGGUCAUGAAGACAUCAUAUGCAUCUCAGAAUCAGUGGAGAACUUUCAAAAAUGGGAGGCAUUUGCUCUUGGAUCCUGUGACAAUGAAACUGUAAACUUUUCAAGUGUCAUAGGGAUGAAAAUGAGCCACAUCAAUGCAACUCUCCAGAGAGUCCAGACAAACACCACCCGUGCAACCAAGCACUUAGCUGUUUAUGUCAAAGGGGAAUGCUGUCUUGAUACAUGUGAGGAGGAAAGGAUGUGUUCCUUGGAGAUUUUAGGUGUCAACCAGUGUGACGACACCAGUCCCGAGUUUAUUGACUCAGAGAAAGAAGAAAUUGAGAGACAGUUUUUCCUUGGAGGAAAAGUGACAUGGAUGAACUUUUGGCUCGCAGAGAAAAAGUUUGUUGGGGAGAUGAUUCGAAGAGAUGCUUACCAUGAAGUGACCAGUCGUCUGCGGGACAUUCUAAAAUGGAGUUUGGAUCAGAUGCCCAUUGAUAACAUCAAUAUAUACCAUCAUCCGGGCAGUGGUGGAAGUACAGUAGCAAGGCAGGUUCUUUGGAACCAAAGAAAGGAGCUAAGGUGUGCAGUGGUGAAAUCAUCUUACUCUGCUGGCACAGUUGCAGAACAUGCUGUUAAACUUCGGGAGUAUGAGGAAAAGGAUCCACAGAAAUGCUUACCUGUACUCUUACUUGUUGAGGAUUGUGACAAAGAGUAUUUGGAAGACUUGAAGAAUGAAUUAGAAGUAGCUGUCUACACCAAGAAAAUUGCACAGGGAAUACCAUGCUUCAUUCUUCUCAGCUGUAGACGAUCCUACACUCCAGAGAAACUGUGUAAGGGGUCACCCCUACUAAAUGUCUCAGUGACUCACAAACUUUCAGUAGAAGAGAAAAGACAAUUUGCAGGUAAACGGCGAAAACUCGAGCGACAGUUCCAGCCAGAGUUCAUCCUGACAUUCAUUUUGAUGAGUGAGGAAUUUGAACAUCAGAUCAUUGCCGAAUAUGUAAAGCAAUUUGUAAGGCAUUUACUACAAGACAUUGAUCAUGCAUCUGUCGUUACUCAACUCACUCGCUAUGUAGCUCUGCUCAACACCUAUGUUCAGAACUCUUUCAUUUCUCAGUCACAUUGUGAAGCCCUUCUUCCUUUAUCCAUCCACGUGGAGAGAUUUCGACAACAUGCAUUUGAGGGUUGUCUGAGUGAGCAGGCUAAACUGGUCUUUAUACACUUGAGAGAUGAAAGGACCCACAUUAAAUCAAUCAGAAUCAUUCAUCCACUUGUUGCAAAGGAAAUUCUCCAUCAGCUUUUGACAGUUGACAGACAACAACAAAGUGACCUUGCACUUGAUCUUCUCCACAAUGAUGUACUCUUUGAACACAGAUUUGGGAAAGAAGAUUACAUGAAGUUCCUUCGUGCAUUGUUCAUGAGACGCUACAGGAUUAGCAAAGGUGAUGAAUCGGACAGCUUUUUCUCUCCCCUCAUUGAACAUGUAAGAGAAAAUGAAAAGCCAGAAAAAGCAAUUGAGCUUCUCAAUGAAGCAUACAAAAGAUUCAACAAGGAUGCAUUAUUUGCUCAGCAACUAGCUCGUCUCAGUUAUAGACAUGAGAGGUUUGAAGAUGCAGUACGUUGGGCAGACAUUGCAGCACAAAAAAUGCCUAACAACUCCUACAUUCUUGACACCAAAGGCCAGGUGUACAGAAGAUGGUUCACAACGAAAUGCAAAGCCAUGGAAAAGACUCGCAAAACAGCAGAGAACACAGCAGAUGCAAUUGAAACAGCACUUAAAGCCAUUGAAUGCUUCCAAGAAUGUGAGAAGGCAGCAGUUGCAGAUACUGAAUCAAUGAACAAUUCAGGAUUCUUUGCAGUUGUAGAAGUGGGAUGCAGCUUGUUGAAGUUAAUUUCUUCACUUCAAGUGUUUUCAAACAAGUAUGAUGGUCGUUCUGAAUGUCUGAAAUAUCUUCUCACAGACCACAUACCCCAAGAGGUUGAAAAACCAUGGGAACACUUUCACUGCAAAAUAAAACAACUUCAGGCCACAAUGCGGGGAGCAUUGGAGUGGGUAUCAGAAGAUUUGAGUUAUUUCCAGACAGACUUAAAUACAGAUGAGGAAGAAACCUCUGUAAGCUGUGAGAUGACAGUAACUCACCCAAAGCAUUGGUUGGUAACCAAGUCUUCUGUUUAUGGCAAGUUUUUCAGCGAGGCUUCCCUCAGCACAGUGCCUAGUCAAUUUCAAUCUAAUCCAGCUAAUAUGACUCCUUUCAUUAAACGCAUGAUUAUUUACAGGCUUGGUGGGGGAAACAUCACAACAGUCUUUUCCAUCCUUGACCAGAAAGAAAAGGACAAGGUCAAAAUUUUGGAGGACAUAAUUUCACUAUAUCCAAAGAAUCCCAUGUGUGCCAAAAUGCAUCAAAUAGAUCUGGUCAACUACAUAGCAUCACAUUUUGCUUUAAGUGCAGUCUCAGCCAGGUCACCUAAACUGGCUGCCCUAAGUGAUCUGCAAAAACUCAGCCACCUUUUCCCUCAUGACAAAUCAAGAUGCCUGUCAAGUGCUCUGUUUUUAUGCGUCUUGUUGUUUUGGCCAGAGGAGCAUGACACUGAUCGUGAAAAGGAAGACAAAUAUGAAAUCGUUUUGUCUACCCUCAGAUUCCUCCAGCAAACAUACUGGACCAAAAUGAAGGAUAUCCCUCACAGAAGGAGGAGGAUUUACACCCACUUCUUCCUGGGAAAUGGAGUUGGAUAUGAUAAAUUUGUCCACAAGAGUAAGAUUGAAAGUCUCACAAAACUUCCAACAGUUUCAGAAAAGCGUAUGAAAUGGUUCAGAGGGGAAUUGUGGAAAACCCCAGAAAUUGCUGGAGUGCUCAAACGUGUGACUGGCUGGACUGAGGAUGGAACUGUGUACCUUGAGGGCCCGAAGAUGAAAAAGUUCCCGGUUCAUCCUCUUUAUGUACACUCAGUGCCCCAUGGCAAUGAGAAUGUCACCUUCUAUCUAGGCUUUACAUUCAGAGGUCCUGUAGCAUACAACGUCACAGAAAGAAAGUAGUGAAAUUCUAACCCAACGAGAGGCUACGGUUCGCUGAAAAACGGAAAGAAAUUAACAAACUCAUUACAGAAAUAUCCUUAUAUUCAGUGAAUUAGAAUGUUUUAGCAAACAAAAUGACAUCCAUGCAAACUGAACUCUUAAUAAUGGCCAUGGAAUUUUGGUAAUAUUUUAAUAUCAGUAUCUAGUCAAGAAUGUUUUACUUCAAUUCCAUGAUGCAUGGAAAACAAAGAGCCUUUUAGUGUUCUUUAAAAUGAGAUGUGGAAAUGAGUCAUACGUUUUGAUGAAGAUUCUGCAUUUUAGCGUUGUGAGAGAGCCAUGAUUGGGCCCUUGAACAAAGAACUUAACCAUCAACUAUUCAGCAACAGAUUUGAAAAGAUUGCUAGGAUUAAAGUGUCUGUCAGUGUACAUGUAUGAUAAUGUGUGCUUCUUCUGUCUGUUGAUACAGUUGUGUUGUUCUUUACUUGUAGCCUUGCUGACAGUGUUGGUCAUUAAUGCUUUACCCCAUAUUAAGAUAUAAGCUUAUCAUGACUGCAAUACUCUUCCUUCUUAAAAUGUUUACUUUUUAUGAGCAUUCUGCAAAAUGGAUUGUUUGAUAUUGGUGACCAUAUAUAUCAAUGAUGUUCAACAAAUAUUUUUUUUAAGGAUGUUUCCUGGACUUCUGUCUUGAGACAUGAUGGGUAACCCUCAGAAAUGCAGCAUUUAUACUGGAAACAUAGGAUUAUCUUUUGUAUAGCCUAAUUAAAAUAUAGAUUUUGUAUUAAGGAGUAGAUAACGUAGUUUUAUUGCAGAAUAGUUACGUAUUUGAUGUACUGUAAUAAAGUACAAUUUAAAAUUUG